CGACUUCCGCGUGGGGUGAGAGGCCGCCUGCGAGGGUGACCGGGCCGCAGGGCUCAGCACACAAGCCGGACGUGCUGGGUCCAAGAUUAUUGAUUAAUUUGGGGACCGCGAGGGCUCAAGUCCUUCCACACCACUGCCCGGCCUGCGAGGGAACCCAGACAGCCCUGGCCCUCCCGGCUACAGGUCCCGGGCUUUCCCCGCGCGGUUGCCGGCUCCCCUCAGAGGAGCGGCGCCCAGAGGAGGGGUCAGAAAGGCCGGGUCGCGGCGUCAGCGCGGCAGCCGUCUCGAGUCCAACGCCCGCGUCUUCCUCGACCUCCCAACGCCACCUCAAUGCCUCAGGGGGACUGGGCUCCCGGGAUACCGCCGGCCACCAGGCUGACGAACACAGGCAGUGGCGGGCAGUGGGGACGCCAGGGACUACCUCGCUGAGGGCGGCCACUCAUCCGCGCGCCCCGCCCCGCGCGCCCGCCCCCACCCGCGCGCUCCUCGCAUUGGCCGAGUCCCCGCGGCCACGCCCCCUCCCAGACUGGGGCCGUUAUUGGACGCGGCGGCGGCGGCCGCGGCCAAUCGGAGCCGCUCUUGCUGCGACACGGCGGUCGGAAGCCGAGCGAGGUCGAGGUCGGGUGGGCGGCCGGAGCCGUUGAGGAGCGCUUGGAGCUGGUGGUGGGUCUCAGGUCCAGGGCGCGGCAUGGGCGUCCUGGCCGCAGCGGCGCGCUGCCUGGUCCGGGGCGCGGACCGGAUGAGCCAGUGGACGAGCAAGCGGGGCCCGCGGAGCUUCAGGGGCCGCAAGGGCCGGGGCGCCAAGGGCACCGGCUUCCUCACCUCGGGCUGGAGGUUUGUGCAGAUCAAGGAGAUGGUCCCGGAAUUCGUCGUCCCGGAUCUGACCGGCUUCAAGCUCAAGCCCUACGUGAACUACCGCGCCCCUGAGGGCGAGGAGACGCCCCUGACAGCCGCGCAGCUCUUCAGCGAAGCGGUGGCGCCUGCCAUCGAAAAGGACUUCAAAGACGGUACCUUCGACCCUGACAACCUGGAAAAGUACGGCUUCGAGCCCACACAGGAGGGCAAGCUCUUCCAGCUGUACCCCAGGAACUUCCUGCGCUAGCGGGGCGGGGGGCUGCGAGGUGGAGGCAUCCCCGGGAGGGGCGGCCUGCCCUCAUCUCGUUUCUAUUAAAGGCCUUUGUCAGCUC